GCGCGUCCCGGAUGGCCCCGGCCCGGCUGGCGGCGGCGCUGCCCCGCGCCAUGCGCCUGCUGCGCUUCCACGGCCCCGGGACGGCCGCGCCCCGGCUGGGGCUGGAGGUGGAGGAGGGCGGGGACGUGGUGGACCUCAGCGGGGCCGCGCUGCCCCGCUCCGUGUGGGCCUUCCUGGAGAGCGGCGAGUGCGGCCUGGCGGCUGCCCGCAGGAGCAGCACUUUUUGCUGCAGCAACAGGAACUCGGAGCAACCCUGCAAAGAGUGGUCCAGCAGCACAAGAAGAAGAUGACAUCCAUCGAGUGUGAGUGCUUCAGCAGGGUCUGCAGCCUGCGAGGAGCCCUGCUGCCAGAUACAGAGCAACCAAACUGCAUCAGAAAAACAACCGUCAAAUGCAAAGUAGUUAUUUAGUGCCCAAAAGUUGCCAGCUGCUGGUGGACCUGAACAAUAAGAGAUUGACCAAAACCUCGAGCGAUGGCAACAAUCAAGGGGGUCUCAAGUUUCAACCCUGAGCAAGAAGCGCAGGCACUCAGGAAGGCCAUGAAGGGCUUUGGCACAGAUGAAGAUGCCAUCAUUGACAUCUUGACCAAACUAAAUGUUUCCCAACGUCAGCAAGUUCUGAUCACCUAUAAGAGCACUAUUGGCAGGGAUUUGAUUGAUGACUUGAAGUCGGAGCUGAGUGGGAAUUUUGAGAGGGUGAUCAUAGGGAUGAUGACUCCCACCACCAUGUAUGACGUGCACGAACUAAGGAGGGCUGUGAAGGGAGCGGGAACAGAUGAAGGUUGCCUGAUUGAAAUUCUGGCUUCUCGCACCAACGAAGAGAUUCGUCGCAUUAAUGAGAACUACAAGCUUCAAUAUGGCUGCUCCCUCGAGGAUGACAUCGUAUCUGACACAUCCUCCAUGUUUCGAAGGGUCCUCGUGUCCCUCGCAAUGGGAAACAGAGAUGAGGGAACGUAUGUGGAUGAUGCCCUUGCUCAGCAAGAUGCCCAGUGCCUGUACGAAGCGGGGGAGAAGAAAUGGGGAACAGAUGAGGUGCAGUUUAUGUCCAUCCUCUGUACACGGAACAGGUAUCACCUCCUGAGAGUUUUUGAUGUGUACGGAGGCAUUGCUAACAAGGAUAUAACAGACAGCAUUAAAUCUGAGAUGUCAGGAGACCUGGAAGAUGCUUUGCUGGCUGUGGUGAAGUGCAUGCGAAACAAGCCUGCCUACUUUGCUGAAAGACUGUAUAAAUCCAUGAAGGGCCUGGGAACAGACGACAACACUCUGAUCAGAGUGAUGGUGUCCCGCUCCGAAAUAGAUAUGCUGGAUAUCAGAAGAGAAUUCCUGACUAUGUAUGGGAAGUCUCUCUACUCCUUCAUUAAGGGAGACUGCUCAGGAGACUACAGGAAAGUUCUGCUGAAGCUCUGUGGUGGCGAGGAUUGAAGGAUUCCUGCUGUAUGUCCUGCAUUAUGGGAAGGAGGGGAUUUCUUAAUCCCAUAAGGAUUUCUCUCGAUUUGUUUUUGCUGGGUUUUUUUUUUUCCUCUCAUUAAUUGCUGAGUAGUGACUUUGAUUAAUUAAUGCUCUGGCUGAGUAAUGGCAGUUCCAUUUUACCCUUAACUUUUGCAUUUUUGCUUGCAACACCCCCUUGUAUCUAAUUGAGCUGGUAAAGCUUUGUUUCAACAGAAUGCUUUAACCAAAUCUAUGUAAGCUUUGUUAUUUCCUUGCAAGCUGUCCCCCUGCAUUUACCAGUAAAUCCUGUCAAAUGAAGCAAAUUUAGAUGCAGAAUGUAGGAAUUUGCAGGGGGAAAAACUAACUUUGUCAUUACAUGGAGAGAAUGCAGCCUGGCUUCAGCUUUUGGAAGGUAAUUAACGCCGUCCAAAAAAAAAAGAGUCAUCUAAAAUACAAUCAAA